UGUGUUUUCUUGCAGGUUUGCACGCUCUUAUGGAGGCCACACUAUCCAUCCAAAGACAUCCUUGGCAUCUCGUCACUCUGUAUUCAUGUCAAUGCACCUUGUGCCAGAUGAACGCCUCUCUGGAUGUGGGACUGCACUAUAUAUCCCAUUAGCUGUGGCCUGUCUCCAUAUCUUCCGCUGGGACUUUGUCUUCCCUCUCUCUGAGACUCAUCAGGAUGGCACUGAGGGCUCUCCUCUUCUUGGCCUUCUUGGCUUGCAGCUCAUCUCAGAGACCUGUGCCAGUAGAUGGCAACGGCAUUGACGGGGACGAUGGGCACCACCAGGACAGCCCUGGCCUCAUCCACUGUGGUGAGUACAGCAACCAGGUUUUGCCCAAUGGGAAGUGCAAAAUCGUGGCCACGUUGCCACAGCUGGACGAACAGCGGUGCCCAGACAUGUUUCGCUGCACUGACGAAGUGUCCUACUGGCUGCAUGAGAACGAGGAGCGGAAGCAGCAGAUCCUGGAGCUGCGGGAACUCAUCUCAGAGCUUCAGGAGGAGCUGAGGAACCACCGGCACCGCAUCAAAAUCCUGGAGUUGCAGCAUGAGGAGAAAUCCAGCCGCAACUCCUCGGUGGAGCAGCGGGUGCAGGACCUGGAACAGCGGGCCCAUGAGGCGGCUGCUGUGCAGCACAUGCAAGCCACACUGCUCUAUGACAUGCAAGCCCAGGUGCACAACAUCUCUGUCCUGAUGGAGUGGGUGCGCCACAACCCUGGGUGCCUGGUCCCCGUCGACAUGCGCCUCCAGCAGGAGAUGAUGCACUACCCAGAUACGAAGCAUGGCAAGAACUGCCCCAUCGACUGCGCCUCCAUCUACUACAACGGGAUCCGACGGUCGGGCAUCUACAGCAUCAUGCCCUCUGCGGAAGGGUUGCCCAUCGAAGUGCUGUGUGAAAUGGAUGUCGAAGGUGCAGUGAGAGGUGGUGGUUGGACAGUCAUCCAGCGGCGCUUGGAUGGCACGGUUGACUUCAACCGGACCUGGAAUGAGUACAAGGAUGGAUUUGGGGAUCUCAAUGGCGAGUUCUGGAUGGGCAACGAGAACAUUCACAAGAUCACCAACCAAGGAGACUACUCUCUUCGCAUCGACAUGGAGGACUGGAACAAUAAGCACAAGCAUGCCUUCUACCAGCUUUUCAGCAUCGAGGACGAGGUGAACUAUUACCGCCUCCAGGUGGAAGGCUUCAGUGGGACGGUGGAGGACUCUUUUGCCUGGUACCACAACAAGAGGGGCUUCAGCACGCCUGACUCAGGGAACAUCUGCGCCGCCAUCUCACAUGGAGGCUGGUGGUACCACCAGUGCUUCUUCUCCAACCUCAACGGAGUUUACUACAAGGGGGGAAGAUACUCCUUGAAAAACCGCAAGAUCCUGGGUCCGGAUGGCGUGGUCUGGUACACCUGGAAGGACACCGAUUACUACUCCCUCAAGAGGGUCACCAUGAUGAUCCGGCCCCGCACCUUCCGGCCCCAUCUCUCCCCGUGAAGGCCAUCCGGAGCUUCUUUCCCACUUGAGCACCCAAUGACUGCUCCAGAUGAAGACAUGGCAUCCAGGAAACGAUGCCAACAGCAGCCGAGUGGACACAGCCUGCAUGGGCAAGGCUUUUUGCUGAGGAUUUGAUCAAUUGGUCAGUUCCUGAAAGAUGGAUCUUCCUGCGGCCAUGGCUUGAGAAGAAGGAGACUUCUCAUCACUUCUCGCUGCCGUUUUGAGAUGGACCGCAGAGGAAAACCAUCUAUCUCUAAGAUGUCUCUAUGGCACACAAAUGAGACAGGAAGUCCCAUUUGAGAUGGUCUUCAGAAGGUGCAAGUGAAACAGGAAAUUGCUUCCCAUCACCUUCUGUCAGCAUUUUGAGAGGAACCACUGAAGAAAGCCAUCCUGUCUGCACAAAGGAGGCAGUGGAAGGCAGCGGGAAAAGGCACUGCACUCUGGGCCUUUCUACACUGACAUAUAACCCAGUUUCCGAAUCCAAAUGAUCUGUUUUGAUCUGGAUUAUCUGGCAGUUUAGACCCUGGCUGCCCUGGGUUUGUAACAAGACCUGAGCUGAGCAGCAGAGGUCCAGCCUUCUUGGAUGACUUUUGGUCAGAAAAGCCAACUUGACCUCAAAUAACCACAAAUAUCAGAGGCAUACGGUGCUGCCCCAGAUAGAAGAAGUUGGACUUUGCUGGAAAGUCUCUUGCCUGUUAUCCUUCUGGAAGGGUUUGGGAAUCGGAGGCACUGUGUUGCAAUGGUUCAGAUUGUCUUCUUCAGGCUGGUUCCAGAUGGUGGUGCUUUGGGAUAGCUGCUCCUCAAAAAGGAGCUCUUAUAUGGCAUCACCCAACAAGGUGCCAUUCUGUCCCCAAUGCUCUUUUAAUAUACACCUCAGGUUGCAUUGCAGCAGGUGGUCAGUGGUUUGCUCUUUCUCCACACUCGCAUGUCGUGGAUUCCACUUGGUAGCCCCAUUUCUUGAGGUUGGCUCUGCAUCUCGUGGUGCCAGAGCGCAGUCUGUUCAGCGCCUUCCAAGUAGCCCAGUCUUCUGUGUGCCUGG